AUGAUUAACUUAAGUUAAAUACUAGAAGGUGAAAAUGGUGAGAUGACAUUUUGUGAAGAUGCUAGUUAAGUUGAUUUAGAAGAUAUUCUAUAAGAAGAUGAUGAUAUUAGAGAACAAUUGAAUCAUUUGAAUAGUGAUUCUUAGACUUUGGAAUGUAAUAAUCAGAAUAAUGAAUCAUUUAUUUGUGAUUAAGAAGAAUUCAUUUCUCCUAUUUAAAUAAUGUCUACAGGACAUCAUUCAAGAACAUUUGGAAUUUCAACUAAUUAUUUAAUCAAUUAUAGGGACAGAUAGCUAUCAUUAUUCUCGAAUAAUAAGAAUAAUAAGACUAUCUAAAUUUAAGAUGUAUCAUAUAUUUCAGUCAAAGGUUAAAUAAUAGCUGUGGGAUUUGAAAAUGGUUAAAUUUAAAUUUAUGAAGGAAGUCAAUUGAAAUUAGUUCAUAAAAUAUAAGAGCAUUAAACAACUAUUAUUGGUUUAAAUAUAGUAGAUGUAUAAGCAAAUGAAGUUGUGAUGGCAUCGUCAGAUUUAGAUGGCAAUGUCAAAUUAAUUAGAGUAGGAUAGAAUUUAUUCAGGAGUAAAGUUGUUACUAAUACUAUAUUGAAUAAAUUUGAGUAUCCUGUCACUUAAUUAAUCUCUUAAUAAUUCAAAUAUUCUGAUUCUGAUAAAACUAGCUUAUUAUUGACAUUAGCUAAUAGCAAUAUGGUUAUAACAUUAUCCAUCAAUCCAGAAGUUAAGGUAGUACAUGUUUUUGAUAAAUAAAAAUCAAAUAAUGAUUUACAUUGGGGAAAAUGUCAUUAUGAAGGUAAUUAAAUGUAAUUGUUAUCUAUCUAAUGGAAUUCAUUCAUUCAAUUAAUUACUUUCUUAGAGAAUUCUCCAUGGUAUUUUUCAUUCUAUUCUGCUGAUUCAUAAUUAAUUGGAGCUAAAUUUAUCUCAGAAAAUUUAAUCAUUGCUGCUACUGAAGGAUAAUUUCUAGUACUCUACAUUCCAUAUUUCUCUAAAGGCAAAUAUUGUUUUAAAUCAGACAGCAAAGCAAAGAUUUCUAAUACUAAUUUUCAUUAAAAUAUUUAUUGUCUAAGAGCAAUAAGCAAUGUAAUCUAUUUCAUAUCAGAAAAUAAACUAUAUUCAUUACAUGCAUUAAGUUGGUUAUAAUAUCUUAAAUCAUUAAUUCAAAAUGAUUCACCGUAAUGGUCAAUUGCAUUAAGAUUUCUGGUCUAAGUUUAUAGAGGAAAAGUUAAAGGAAUGCCAAAUUUAGAAUUAGAAGAAGAUAGAACUGCUAUAUAAACCUUGGCUCCGACUUUAAUUACUAGUAUAACUAAUUCUAAAAUGAACAGAGAAUUAAUAUCAGCUGUCAUUUAAUUUAUCCUUCUUUGCUAAAUUCCUUAACACUUGAUUAUUGUUAAAUCCGGAUGUGAAAAAUAAUUCGUCUUAGAAGAUUAUUACAAAGUUUUAGAACUUCACCUUAAAAAGAUAACAUAAUUACCGAAAGAGAUUUUCUUUGAUUUAGCAAAUAAAUUUUCUCCUGAAUCUUUUCAAUAAUUAGUAAUAAAUUUAGAUUUAAAUUCAAUUGAUAUUGGAUAUACUUAUGAUGUUUGUUUGAAUAAAGAGAUAUAUACUCCACUACUUUAUAUAUGUCCAAGAAAAGAGGAAGAUUUUUUAACUCCUUUAAACAAAAUGUUCGAGAAGCAUAAAUAAGAACUUUAUGAAAAGUGUUUAUGGUUUAUUGAAAUAACUUAGAAAUAAAUUUUAUUUCCAAAUGAUUAAAUACCUUUAGAGAUUUGGAAGAAAGCUGUUAGAUAAUAAAUGUUAUGGUUGAUGGAAGUAUUGGAUGUUUUUUAGAGUGAAAAGAUGUUUCAAAUACUUAGUACUUAUCUUAAAUAACCUUGUAUUGGUGCUUUGCAUCAUGAAUCCGUGUAUUCAUAUUUCAAUAUUACCUAAGAGAAUUUAUUGGCUACAAAGAUAUUUGAAUAAGUAAGCAGUAUUAAAUAAUCACAUUUACUUUAAUAUUUGAUGUUUAUCAGUAAGAUUAUUGAUUAGAUAAAAGUAAAUGAUCCAGAGAAAUUAUUACUAUAGAUAUUUGAAAUUAAUAAAUCUUACAUUGAUAAUUAUGUUGCAAUGCCAGAAGAUUUAGAUCAAAUCUUAUAAAUUAUUUAUUAUUUAAUGCCUCAUACUUAAUUAAUUGAAUAAGCAUAUGAAAGUAAAUGUGUUGAUUAUAUUGCUUAUUACUUUUUGUCUCAAAAUUAAUUAAACUAGGCUAUAAAUAUAUUUUUUAAUUAUGAAGAAUUUAAACUUAGAGUUUAUAAAUGGCUUGAAUAUUAACCAUAUGAUCCUUUAAUGUUAGAUCAUCUUGAUAAACUACUAGAAUUAGAUCCUGAAAAGUGUGCUAAAGUAUUUUAAAGCUGGCCAAUUGAGACUCUAUAAAAAUUAAUUAUUUAUCAACCAAAAAGAGAAUUACUUCAUGUAUUCAAAUAUUUAUCAAUUGAUCUUUCAUAAUUUCUUUAAUUAAAAUUAAUUGAAUUGAUAAGUAUUCAUGAACCUGAAAAUACAAUUUCCUGGCUUAAAAAUAGAUAAUAUCAAUUAGAAGAUGUUGAAUAAAUAUUUUAAUAAACUAAUAAUAUUGAAGGUUUAGGAUAUAUAAUGGAAUAGAAAGGACUUUAUUAAGAAGCUAUUGAUAAUUAUCUCUAGAUUUAUAAAGAGGAGUCUAGAAAUUAUAUUCUGUCUUUUAGAAAUUAAGAAAGAGUAACACAAUUAUUUUCAAAUUUAAUGAGAGCUACCAAAAUAGCUGUCUAAUCAGCUGAUUAUCAUUAGGAAUUAUAUUUAUAUAUAGCACAUCAAAUAUUUAAUCCUAUGAUGCAUUAAACUCAUUGGUGUAAACUUAAAAGAUCAUAUGUUUUUAAUCAAUAAUUUAGUUAGCUUUUUAUGCAUUUAUUUCGUUACUCUCCUACUGAAUUGAUUAAAAUUAUAGAACUAAAUCAUGAAACAUUUAAUUAAGUACAUUUCAAAAGUAGUUUUAUUACUGUUUUUAAAGAAUUUGGAUAUGAAAAAUAAUUAGUUGAAAAGAUAUCUUAAAUUAUCAGAAAUGAUAAUAUUAAAUUAUUAAAAUUACUUUAUUCAUUAAUCAAUAAGUCAAAUCUAUAUGAAAUAUCUUGUAUUGAAUGUUAAUAACCAUACACUUAAGAUUAAGUUAUUCUUUUGAAAUGUGGUCAUACUAUUCAUCCUUUUUGUUUAGAAAAUAAAUAUUGCCCUAUUUGUCAGAAUAUAUCAACUUAAUCAUGUAUUUAUUAAAAUCUAUUUUAUUAGUACUUGAAAGCAUUGGAGUAGAAGAAUUAAAGAAAUCUAUAUUGAAAUCUAAAGUGGAUAAUUAACAAUUACAAUUAUUGAAGAAUGUUGAUGAUAUUGAUUUGGAAGAUAAUUUUAUUACAUCUACAACCUAAGAUGAUAAAGAAAUUACAGAAUUAAGGUUAUUAAAUAAAUUGGAUAUAUAUGAUUAAUUAAUUGAUUCUGCAUUACAAUAGGUAUUAUAAUAUAUAAUAAUUUUAGUACAAUUCAUUUUUGGAUUCAUAUUUUUGA